AUGGCAUCGAAUCACUUCACACUUUUCCAACUCUUAGUCAUUUUAACCUUUGCCCAAUUACCUCUAUCCAGUUCACCGUCUGUACCAAUCUAUAAUCCGUCGACCGGUUGUCAUGACUUGCCGAGUGAAAAUGGCAAGUUCACUUUCGCCAUAUGCUUACAACGGGCAAUAAAUAAGCAACAUACGCACAAUCUCUACACAGCACCAUCAUUUUGUUCACAAAAUUAUCCACCUCAUGGUCAAUUGCUUGAUUUUUCUUCCUUAUCUUCGCCGAACAUCGAUGCACUUUUGCAAAGUUUAACGAAUCUUUUCAAAGCGAAAGAUCCACACUUAUCUCUACCCCCACCAAACUUUCUCUGGAUCAGUUCGAAUUCCACGCAGAAUGAAACCAUAAACAACUUCUGGUGUCCAAGACAAUGUCAAGGAAAUAACCAAUCAGGAAAAUUUCUCAUUCUGAAGUUGGGAUGUCAACUUCUAAAUGCGAGUAAAUCGUGUAUAUCAACGAAGCAAACUCAUUGGAAUCGCGCACCAUUCAUCUGUCAAAGCAAUCGAACGAUAAGAGUAAAAAGUGAAAUAACACCUGAGGCAAUUCGUAUUCCACCAAGUUAUCCAAACGAAACGAUCGUAUUUCAUGAUUCCGAUUCUUGUGUCAUUGUUCGUACACGCACACAUCAAUAUACAUUCUGUUUUCGUCGUCAAUUAUGUCUGCAAACAUUGACAAGUGCAUUCUGUUCUACAAAACCACUGGCAUCUCGAAUAUGUAACGAUGACAAGAAUGCUUCCAGUUUAUUAACUAUCGAGAAUGAUGAUGAAUAUGAAUUAGUCAGUCGGGUCAUAUCGGAAUAUUCCGGUGAAACUUUAUUAGAUGUUAAUGGUACAACUAAAAGCAAAUAUGUCACUCGAGCUCAAUGGAUGUGGGUCGAUGGAGUUAAAGGUUUUAACAAUGAAUAUCAAUGGAAUACAAGCGAAAAUGUUUUGACCUCAAUUCCAGAUAAAUAUUGGUGUAAUCAGAUGAGAAAUUGUUCGGGUGGGAAAGGACGUGAACAUGUUGUAUUGAAUAUUAUUUGUCAGUUGAACAAAAAUACUGCUCAGCCAUGUUUGGCAUCACGACGAGAAUCAGAACCCGGGCCAUUUAUUUGCAAACGCCUGCUAACAGUGAAUGAAGAACCUGUGUCGAAUUACACAUUCUUGAAGAAUUCAACUAAAACACCGCUUCCUGUGGUGCCUGUUUACGAGAAAAAUUCAACACAUUUGUAUUACGAUGAACAUCAUUGUCUAAGCGUACAGACUCGUUCGCAUCUCUAUUCAUUCUGUUUACGUCGACAAAAUUGUACGGAAAAGCAAGCGUUUUGUACGAAAUGGAGUGAAGCACGAAAACAGUGUCAAUUGGUUAAAAAUCAAGCACAAUUAUUAACAAUCGAGAAUGAAUCAGAACAAAUUUUAGUUAAAGAUACCAUCAACAGUUAUCAUAACGAGACACGUUUAGUUUAUGAUGGAAGUACUUAUCGUUAUUACGAUUUAGCUGACUUUGUUUGGAUCGAUGGAGUUCAACAACCUGAUAAACAAACUUAUCUGUGGGGGAAUAAACUUGAAACGAUUCCAGAGCAUUUAUGGUGUCCGAAAGAUGAAUGUACUUCACUCGAUCGUGAUCGGGUGAUGUUGAGUUUAAUAUGUAAUAAGACAAAAUCAUCGAUUUGCCUGGCCACACGUCUGGAAUGGACACCUGCGCCAUACAUUUGUAAACGAACACGUCCAAUCGAUCAAUGUCCGAUAAAGUUCGAUCAAUAUGAAUAUGAUCAACAAUUCGAAAUGUUAAUUGUCGCAGUCAAUCGAACAGUUAUUUUCAUUAAAUGUAAACAUCCGGAUUACAACACCGAAAUCAAAGUUGAAUACCAUUGCAAUACUACGAGUAAACAAUGGCAAUUAGACUAUACAAACGAGAAUUUCACUUGUCCGGGAUACGAAAUACCUCCAAUAGCUAUGAUGAUAGACAAUACAACUCAAUCAACAAGUACAACGACAAGCACAAGUUCUACAUUAGCUCAAUCGAUAAAUACAAUUCCAACGGUGGCCGUUGUUACAACUUCGUUACAAAUUGCUGACUGUUCACAAGCAGAGCUCUCGAUCUUAGUGGCAAAUUUACCAGCAGAAUCUCGUUAUGUUAUCCCACAACGAUUACCAUCUUAUUCAUCUCUGUAUUAUAACAUCAAACUAACAUGUCAGUUUAACAAUUCAAUUCAGAUUAUUUAUCGAUGUGAUCUACUUAAUAAACGUUGGUUGUAUAUUUAUGGUAAUACCAAUCAUUUUCGAAUGUGUUCUCGACCGUGUAAUAAUACCGAACGCAUGGAAUUACUCAAUAAAUAUUUCACACGACAUGAGCAGAGCAAAAUCCAGACGAUUUACUUGAGACGACGUAAUCAGUUACGUUUACGAUGUUUAAGCAACCAUGAAAAUCAAUGGAAGACAGUCUUUUAUUCAUGUGGAACAAUGGCAAUAACACCACAGCAAUGGUACGAAUUACAUUCAUGUUUUCAAGCCUUCGUACCAGUCACAGAACCGCCAGCGGUCAUGGUCUCAAUGUCUGUCACUGAACUACCGCGCGCAUGUCCGCCAGCUGUCCAGCGUGGCAGUCCAUGUGAACAUGCGUCUGGUCAAUAUAUAUUUGAUGUUAAUGGUUGUGCGCGCAAAGUGUGUCCGUCAUUGAGUAGUUUGUGUAAUACAAUACGUUGCCCAUCGGAUCGAAUAUGCCGUGUUAUUUCUUGCAAAUCUUGUGUUUACACGGAUUAUCUCCAAGCAGUUUGUGAAUAUCCACCAGUACCAUCAUUGUGUGACCUUGAAAAACGAUUGAUUUCCUUGAAUUCUACGGAAUCGAUUAAUCGUUGGGUCCAACAAACAAUUAUUCUUGUUCAACAAUAUGCCAAUGAACAACGACAACGAUUAUCAUCACCAUGGCCGGUUUUGACUAUUGAAUAA